AUUGCGACAUUUAUCGCUUUCGAAAUGCGUUUGACGACGGGUUUGCUGGUGGCCGCUAUUUUGGCCCUCGGCUCUACACAGGAUAAUCCCCAUUGGCUUGCUGGCCGUAAUAGCAUCGUCCAUUUGUUCGAGUGGAAAUGGAACGAUAUCGCCAAUGAGUGUGAAAACUUUUUGGCCCCAAGAGGAUAUGCCGGCGUUCAAGUUUCACCUCCAAGUGAGAAUGUGAUCGUUCCCAACAGGCCGUGGUGGGAGCGUUACCAGCCAAUCUCCUACAGAUUAGUCACCCGUUCUGGAAACGAAGCCCAGUUCACUGAUAUGGUUCGUCGAUGCAACAACGUUGGAGUGAGGAUUUAUGUCGAUGCUGUGAUCAAUCACAUGAACGCAGUUAGUGGAACGGGAACUGGUGGAUCAACAGCAAAUGUCGGAAGCCUCAACUUCCCAGCUGUACCUUAUGGACCGGGCGACUUCAAUCCGGAAUGUCCCAUAAGUAACUACAACGAUCCUGUUAUGGUCCGUAAUUGUUGGCUAGUUGGAUUGCCCGAUUUAAACCAGGGAACCACAUGGGUACGGGACAGAAUCGUUGAUUACAUGAACCAUUUGAUUUCGUUGGGAGUUGCUGGAUUCCGUGUUGAUGCCGUUAAGCACAUGUGGCCAGGAGAUCUGCAAGUCAUCUUCGGGAGGUUGAACAACCUCAACACCGCUCAUGGAUUCCCGGCUGGUGCCCGACCUUUCAUCACCCAGGAAGUUAUUGAUUUGGGAGGAGAAGCCAUUUCCGUUACUGAAUACACUCACUUGGGUACGGUGACCGAAUUUAGACAUUCUGCUGAAAUUGGUCGUGUUUUCCAUGGACGUGAUUCUCUGCAUCAUCUGAACAACUGGGGAACCGGUUGGGGAUUCUUACCUUCCCAUAAAGCUCUAGUGUUUAUCGACAACCAUGAUAAUCAACGAGGACACGGUGCCGGUGGUGGUAACAUCUUAACAUAUAAAAAUCCAAAGCAAUACAAAAUGGCUUCAGCAUUCAUGUUGGCUUAUAACUACGGUAUUCCUCGAGUGAUGAGCUCCUUUGCCUUCACUGAUGGAGAACAUGGACCACCGAUGGACGCCAACCAGAAUCUUGUGUCACCUUCCUUCAAUCCGGAUGGCAGUUGUGGAAAUGGAUGGGUUUGUGAGCAUCGGUGGAGUCAGAUCUUCAACAUGGUUGAAUUCCACAAUGCUGUUGCCGGUACUGGAAUUAACGAUUGGUGGAGCAACGGAAGCAAUCAGAUUGCAUUCUGUCGUGGCGGACGAGGAUUCAUUGCCUUUAAUAACCAGAAUACGGAUCUGAACCAGAACUUGCAGACAUGUCUACCAGCUGGUCAGUACUGUGAUGUUAUUUCAGGAUCGAGAGGAGCCGGAUCUUGUUCGGGAACAACGGUUACUGUUGAUGGCGCUGGUCGUGCCAACAUUUUCAUAGGAGCAAACGCAGUAGAUGGUGUUCUGGCUAUUCAUGUGAAUUCCCGAUUGUAAUUCUUAUUAUGCGAAAUAAAAAAAAGUACGUACUCUCUUCCACUUACCAAAUAUUAUUA